AUGGUCCUGAAGAUACUCAUCAGAGAAACAACAGUUAUGGAGAAAGCUUAUUCAAACCAAAAUGCUUGGGAAACCUUCAGAUAUACUUGUCAAAGACUCUACACUCUCACAAGCCCCUCUCCCCCCUCAUCAAUGCACCUGGAUCAAGUAUUGCCUUUCCCAAUAACUUAUUACUAUUUUAUCAACCCUGGUUUUUUUGCUUUACACCAUAACCACUUGUUAAUAUAUUUAUAUCCGAGAGGUCACUUUUUACACUCUAAUGUAAAUUUCUCAUCCAUUCAUCCCUUAAUAAAAACCCCCAAUUCCCCUCUUCUUUUCCACACAACUGCUUCACUUCUCUAUCUCUGGAAGAAGAAGAAAAAUAAUAGCAACCAUGAAGGAAACCUUUGCGGGAAAAACCAAAAUGCUAUUCUUCAUUAUCUUCUCUUCCUUGCUCACAAUAGAAACAACAAACGGUGUCAUUGCCGGGCUCACAAGUUCAAACACCAGUGUGUACUUAUCAACUUCUCAUGUGUUCUUAAAUCCUCGUGCAGAUCCACUUUAUACCCCGAACUAUGCUACUCUUCUAUUGCAAGUAUUUCGGGUGGUGUUGCCGAGAGCUUAAGAUCGAAAAAAGAUGUGAUACGGUUAUCUAUUAACAUUACGUGUGAAGUAGUUUGGCAGAAUUAUUUCACCAUUUCCAAGUUGAUCAAAUAUAGGAAAAAUGUGUCGCAUCGCGAGAAAGAAGCUCUUCAUGAUUGUUUAGAAAUGGUGGAUGAAACACUCGACCAACUUCACGAAGCAAGAGAUGAUCUUAAAGUAUACCUAAUAGAAUAUAUUUUCCCUUAUUUACAGCUUACAGGAUAUUCUCAUUGA